GAUCAUUGUCCCAAAAUACAAGCAAAAGACAAAGAUGACGUUUCACAAAAUCUUUUUUGUAAUCUCUCUGAUGCUCGUUCUCUCAUUGGUUAAUGCAGUUGACUACUCGGUCAUCGACAAUACCGGUGACUCUGCCGGUGGAAGGAGAUUCCGGGGAGAGAUCGGCGGUAUAACCUACGGCACACAGUCACUAAGAGCUGCGACCGACUUCGUGUGGAGUUUGUUCCAACAAACCAACCCUUCGGACAGAAAGCCCGUUACAAAGAUCACACUGAUCAUGGAGAACGGUGACGGCGUAGCGUACAACUCUGGAAACGAGAUACAUUUCAACGCGGGAUAUCUCGCGGGUGUAUCAGGAGAUGUAAAGAGAGAAUUUACCGGUGUUGUUUAUCAUGAGGUGGUCCAUUCUUGGCAGUGGAACGGUGCGGGUCGGGCUCCGGGUGGGCUUAUCGAAGGGAUAGCAGAUUACGUGAGGCUGAAAGCGGGUUACGCUCCAAGUCAUUGGGUCGGGCCUGGUCGUGGUGAUAGAUGGGAUCAGGGUUAUGACGUUACCGCGAGGUUCUUGGAUUAUUGUAACGGUCUGAGGAGUGGGUUUGUGGCCGAACUGAACAAGAAGAUGAGGAAUGGUUAUAGUGAUGCCUUCUUCGUUGAUUUGCUUGGGAAAGACGUUAAUCAACUAUGGAGAGAGUACAAGGCCAAGUAUGGUCAAUGAAUACAAACGAUAUAAGAAACUAAUCUCAAUAUG